CCCCCCCCCCCCCCCCCAGUCGUGGUCGUCCCAAUGGAUAAUAAUAUGGAGAUCGAUACGGCACGGUCGCCUGAACCCCACCGUCUCUCCCCGACCACCGACACGGGGUCGAUCCCGACCCUGGACGGAUGGAUCGAGAGCUUGAUGACCUGCAAACAACUCGCGGAGGAGGAUGUGCGACGACUGUGUGAUCGGGCUCGAGAAGUAUUGCAGGAGGAGUCGAACGUGCAGCCGGUGAAAUGUCCCGUGACCGUGUGCGGUGAUAUCCACGGCCAAUUUCACGACCUCAUGGAACUCUUCCGCAUCGGAGGUCCCAAUCCCGAUACCAACUACCUCUUCAUGGGUGAUUAUGUCGACCGUGGCUACUACUCCGUCGAGACCGUCACCCUCCUCGUGUGCCUGAAAAUCCGUUACCCCCAGCGGAUCACCAUUCUCCGUGGAAAUCACGAGUCCCGCCAGAUCACCCAGGUCUAUGGGUUCUACGAUGAAUGCCUGCGCAAGUACGGCAACGCGAAUGUCUGGAAGUACUUCACCGACCUGUUCGACUACCUCCCCCUUACCGCCCUCAUCGAAAACCAGAUCUUCUGUCUCCACGGCGGUCUGAGUCCCUCCAUCGACACCCUCGACAACAUCCGCUCCCUCGACCGCAUCCAGGAGGUUCCCCACGAGGGGCCCAUGUGCGACCUGCUGUGGAGUGAUCCUGACGAUCGAUGCGGCUGGGGGAUCUCGCCCCGUGGUGCUGGAUACACUUUCGGGCAGGACAUCUCGGAGGCAUUCAAUCACAACAAUGGUUUGACGCUGGUGGCCCGUGCGCAUCAGCUCGUCAUGGAGGGGUACAAUUGGUCGCAGGAUCGGAACGUGGUGACAAUUUUCUCAGCGCCGAACUACUGCUACCGUUGCGGAAACCAGGCCGCAAUCAUGGAAAUUGACGAGCAUCUGAAGUAUACAUUCUUACAAUUCGACCCCUGUCCCCGGGCGGGAGAACCGAUGGUCUCGAGGCGGACCCCCGAUUACUUCCUGUGAUGGAUUAAUGGAUAGAUCGUCUUUUUACUCCCUUUUACUUUCUUUCAUUUUUCUUCCGUUUUCCUUUCCCUUCCCUCCGGCCAGCCGGGGUUCUCUCCGACCCUUCGACAGGGCUCCUAGGAUGUGAUGUUGGAAUGCAUACAGUCGGGUGGUGUGCCCCAAUAAAUAAAUGGCCGUGUUGAUACCAGUCACGACAAUAAAACCGUUUCCGCACUUUGCGUCGAGUCUUUUUUAUUGAUGAUGGGUUGAUGUAAACAGUGAUAAAGAUGGUGUCGUAGUAU